AUGGGAUCAAAACUUAGGCACUUUGGUGCUCUAAUGAAAAAGAAUUGGAUCAUUUGGAAGAGAACUCUAGGAGCAUCUCUUUGUGAACUCUUUUGUCCAGUAGCACUUAUGGCUAUUCUCGCAAUUGUGAGAGUAAUUGUUGAUUCAGAUACCAUUGAAGCUUCAACAAACAUACCAUCUAGUAAAUUAUUCAUCCCCUCAGACUUCCUCUCGGAUAAUAACUUAACAAACUCAACUGUUCAAGGCGAGAUAAAAUACGGUACAUACCUUAAGGAUAUGGGAAAUCUUACCUUAGACAAAGUCAAUCCAGUACUAAAUUUUAUAACAUCAGGAUGCAGAGAAAUGAAGCGUGAUCAAGCAAAACCAAUCAUCGCUUACUCCGGUAAUGAAAACUAUAAAAAUGCUGUGCAAAAUAGUAUCAAGAAGAUUUAAAAUAACCAGAAGUUAUACUCCUCUGUAUAUCUGCCAUAAAUGCUAAGUGUAUUAGAUGCAUAAUAUAACGAUGUUUCUAAAAAUAGUUCUUAAAAAGCUGCCAUCAAAGCUCAAAUGAAUGGGCUAGUAAGACUCAACGCAACAAUAAUGGCAUCUCUAAUCGAAUUCUCAUUCGUAAGUUUCAAAAAGCAUGACGAUAUUAUUGACUACAUUGCUGCAAGUGACUAUAUGCAAAACAACGGCAAGAAAGGAAUAUGUUUUGGAUUCUCAGUUUAAGAAAAUAAUCAAACAGACAUUGACAUAAAAUUAAUAUUUAAUGAUCAUUAAUAAGAAACUGAUGCCAGGUAAAUACCAAGCUAACUCUUAGAUCCUUGGUCCAAAUACAAAAUAGACCAGGACAAAGAAUCCUUCACACUAUACACACAGCAAGGCUACUCAUACUUAUAAAAUUGGCUAGUAAAUGAAAUUCUAAGAAAUAAAACUUCAAAGCCAAACGCAGAAAUUGCAAUGCUUUAUGUGCCUUACAAAGCUGACAAGUACAUCUCUGAUGACUUUGGCUAGGUCCUUAGUGGGAUGAUGUCUUUCUUCAUGCUACUAAUGUACAUUCUACCCGUUUACAGGCUUAUUUCAAACAUUGUAGCAGAAAAAGAAUCUAAAGCGAGAGAGAGUAUGAGAAUGAUGGGAUUGUCAGAUUCUUCUUACUGGCUUUCUUGGUUUACUUAUUACCUUAUUGUGGUUACCAUCAUUAGUAUCCUAUGCAUCAUCAUUCUUUCAGCUAAUGUUUUCAAAUACUCUAACAGAGGGUACAUAUUCUUGUACUUCUGGGUUUAUGGAAUGUCAUUGUUUGGUUUUUGUAUAUUCCUAUAAGCAUUCUUUUCAACAGCUAGAGUAGCAGCUAUCACAGGAACACUAAUAUAUUUUGGUACUAGCUUUAUCAAUACAGCUGUGGCUGAUGCAUCAAUAACUACAGGAAGCAAAAAUGCAGCAUCUUUAUUAACUACUGUGGCAGUGAGUCUAGGUACUUCUAAUAUUGGUUUAUUUGAAACAAAUGGCAUGGGUGUUAACUCAGACACAAUCUCAAGUUAUUAUCAGAAUUAUUCUUUCCAAGAUUGUCUUGUAAUGAUGGCUAUCUCAUUCUUCAUUUUCCUUUGGGUUGGUAUUUAUUUAGACAAUGUUCUCCCGAGCGCUUAUGGACUUCGUAAGCCCUGGUAUUUCUGUGUAACUAGAAGUUUUUGGCUUGGAAGGUCAAAAAGUCACAGGAUUAGGAACAGAUUAUCAAUGAACAACCAAGAGGAUUCUGAAAAUAUGUCACUUUUUGAAUCAAAGUAUAUGAAAAAAGAAAAUUUUGAGCCAGCUCCAAGAGAACUUGCAGCUUAGGAAAAUGAUGACAAAAUACUAAAGAUUACUGAAUUAAAAAAGACCUUUAAUAAUGGAUUCUAAGCAGUAAAGGGUGUGAAUAUCAAGAUGUACAAUGGUCAAAUAUUUGCUUUACUUGGACACAACGGUGCAGGUAAAACGACCACUAUAUCAAUGCUAACUGGUUUGAUUGAGGCAAGCUCUGGUUCUGCUGAAGUUUUUGGAUAUGAUCUGUUUGAUGACAUGAAUGCUGUGAGAAACUUCUUGGGAGUUUGUCCCCAACAUGAUAUUCUCUUUGAUUUACUUACACCAGAGGAGCAUCUUGACAUCUUCUGUGAUUUUAAGGGAGUACCAAGAAAGGAGAAAAAGGAUGAAAUCAAAAAGAUGCUUAUUGAUGUGGAUGUUUAUGGAAACAAAGAUACUGAAGCAAAAAAUUUAUCAGGAGGUAAUAGAAGAAAGCUCUCUGUAGCUAUAGCCUUAAUUGGUGGAUCAAAACUGGUGCUUCUUGAUGAGCCUACAGCUGGAAUGGACUUAAGUGCCAGAAGAAAACUCUGGAAUAUGCUCAAGAACUACAAAAAUAACAGAAUUAUUAUCCUCACAACACAUUAUAUGGAUGAGGCAGAUAUCCUUGGAGAUCGUAUUGGAAUUAUGACAGGUGGUCAACUAAUUUGUCUUGGAAGCUCUUUAUUCUUAAAGAAUCGUUUCGGUGUAGGCUAUAACUUGACAAUGGUUAAAAAAUCAAAGGAAGCAAACACCAAAGUUGGGAAAUACUUAGAAAGCAAAAUAGGAGAAGUCAAGAAACUCUCAGAGGUAUCCAGUGAGAUUACUUACUAGAUUCCAACAGCCCUUUCCUAUAGAUUCAAAGAUUUCUUCCCAGAGUUCGAUCAUGAUUUAGAAAUGCUAGAUAUUAGAAGCUAUGGCAUUUCAGUUACAACUCUUGAAGAAGUAUUUUUGAAAGUGGGUCAUGGAGAUGAUUCAGAUGAUGCUAAAAGCAUUAAAGAAGAACUUGAAAAGCAAGUGACCUAGUAGAAUGAUAAGUUCGAUGACUAUUCCGUUGUUGAAGAUCACGAAACAGGAGUGUUCAAUGUAUUCUCAAUUCAUCUAGAUGCUAUGAUCAGAAAAAGAAUCUAACUUUAUAAGAGAAACUAUUAAGGACUUGUUGUUGAUAUUUUUAUUCCAGUGCUUUUGGUAUUGAUUGGAUUUGGUUUUUCAAAAGUUUAAUUCAACAUUGACGGUCCAGUCAGACCAUUAGUUCCCUCCUAAUUUCCUUUGAAACAAAGAAUAUUAUACAACAAUGAGUUUUUCAAAAACACAUCUGGUUAAACUUUGACUCCUAAGAUAUUUAUUGAUAAUUUACCUGAUUCAGCUAAUAAUUUCGCAGCUACUCCAAAAUCUUAUGCUAGUGAAUCAAAUAGAAGUAAAGUGAUUUAUGAUUUUGAUAAUGAUACUUUUGAUGAAAGACUUGUAAAACCAUACGAGCCAUUUAGAUUCGGCUCUUAUUUCAUUUAUGAGGCUGAUAAUGUCAAUAAGUAAUACAAGAUUAAUACCUUCUUAAAUUUAACAUCUCAAGAUGUUACUGCCCUCUAUCCUUAAUUCAUGUAUGAAUCAGUUUUAAAAGUAGCUCUUAAUAACCCCAAUUUCAAGUUAAGAGUAUCUACUCAUCCUUUUCCUAUUACUGAGAAUUUGAGAUAGAGAGCUGCUAGUGCUAGUGGAUCAUUUAUUGUAUUUGUUGUUGCCAUUGGAUUUGCUAUGAUACCAGCUUCAGUUGUUACCUUCAUUGUGAAUGAAAGAGAGAAGAGCUUAAAGCACAUGUAAUUAGUAAGUGGUAUGAGUUUAGCUGCUUACUGGGUUAGUAAUCUGAUCUUUGAUAUUGUAAAGUCAAUUAUUCCAUCUGCUAUUGUCAUUGGCUUAAUCUACGCAUUUUAGUUGGAGUACGAUUAUGUUUGGAUUCUAUUCUUGAUUUACCCUGUUGGAGUUAUUCCUUUCACCUAUGUUUCAUCUUUCUUGUUCACUAGUGAGAAUAUGUGUCAAACUAUGACCAUCUUCGUGCAUUUUAUUAUAGCUGGAAUUGGUGGAAUUAUUGCAGGGCUCUUGAGAAUUAUUGAAUCUACUUAUUCUGUUGGAGAUGUAUUGGUUUGGGUUUUCAAGAUUAUUCCAACCUAUUGCUUGACAGAUUCAAUUUUAUAUUAGUCAAUCAAAUCAAUACUGUUCCAGCUUAGACCUUCACUCAACAAAGAUGAUAUGGAUAUCAAUGCACUAGGAGGUGACAUUUUAAUUAUGUUUAUUCAUGGUAUCUUCUGGACAAUAAUGCUCAUAUUGAUAGAGGUUGGUGCAUUUAAUUGCAUUGGAAGAUGCUUUGGUAAAAUGAUUGGAAGAAAUGUCAAACCAAGGACAGAUCUCAAUCAAGAUGAUGAUGUACUGGAUGAAGAAUAGAGAGUAGAAUCCCUUAGUAAAGAUCAAUUAAAGGUCCGAGUAAACAAAUUCAGAAAAGUGUAUUCCUCAUUAAACAGAAAACCCUAUUGUGCUGUUGAGAAAACCUCAUUUGGACUUGAAUACGGUGAAUGCUUUGCUUUAUUAGGAGUGAAUGGUGCUGGAAAGACUACUACAUUCAAGAGUUUGACAGGAGGUAUUACUCCUACUUCGGGAGAUGUUACAAUUUGCGGAAUGGAUAUUCAAACUGAUUUCAGCAAAGUCAGAAAGCUUAUAGGUUACUGUCCCUAAUAUGAUGCUAUCUUUCCACUAAUGAGUGUUGAAGAGCACUUAUACUUCUAUGCAAGAAUUAAAGGAAUCAGAAAGCACAUUAGAAAAGACAUAAUUGAAAAGUAAAUAAAGGAAAUGAGCCUCGAAGAACACAGAAAGAAACCAGCAGGAACACUGUCUGGUGGAAAUAAGAGAAAGUUAUCAGUUGCUAUGUGUGUUAUUGGAAACCCUCCAAUUAUUCUUCUAGAUGAGCCAUCAGCAGGAAUGGAUCCAGAGGCUAGAAGAUUCAUGUGGUCAGUAGUAGCAAAAAUUUCUUAAUAAAGAAAGAAGAGUUCUGUUAUACUUACUACUCACUCAAUGGAGGAGGCAGAAGCCUUAUCUACUAAAAUGGGAAUCAUGGUAAAAGGAGGUAUAUUCAAGUGCUUUGGCUCAAGUUAACACAUUAAAAGCAAGUAUGGAACAGGGUAUGAAAUUGAGGUAAAAGUAAGGAAACAAUCUAAUGAUGAAUUGAAAACCCUGACUGAUAGGUUUGGACUAACAGGCAAAGAAACGAUUCACUUCAACGAGUUAGAAAACAUAAUGAGACAAAAAAUGGUUCAUGAGUUCUUAGUCGGAGAACUUAGAUAAGAUGGCCUUGGGAAUGAUUUGUGCCUAGAAGCAGAUGAACACAAUGGACAGGUUGAGGUUCAUAACUUUAUGAGCUGGAUAUACGUUGAAUAAACUGGAAUGAAGAUAAUUGAAGGCUUGUGCCAAGACUUUGAACAAGUAGAAAUAUUAGAGCAUUAUAAUGACUACUACAAGUUGAGAGUACCAAGGAAGGAUAAAUCAAUAGGUUAUGUCUUCAGUAUGAUUGAGGGCAAAAAGGAACAAUUCAACAUCAGUGAGUACUCUGCAUCUCAAACUACCUUAGAGUAAAUCUUCCAAACAUUUGCGAAUCUUAAAUUUGAUGCAGACAACAUUCCUAAGUUCCACAAGAAGGGUGGAGCUUUUUAAAGAGCUAAUACAAAAAACUUUGACAAAGACCAUUUAUCUAUUGUAGACGUGUCAGAUAAUGAUAAAACUAAAAACAGAAAGAGAACAUGA